AGUACAGUCGCCGAAUCGACUUUACAACAUAUACGCGUAUUUUAAUCGAAACGCCUGUUCGUGACUCGGACGCGAGUGAUAUUGUGAAAUAAUUGUGUGUUUCUGUGUUCUUGUGUAUUGUUUGUGUUAUAAAAUGUGCAUAUGAGUGAUUUAGUGGUGAAUAACGUAAGACAUUAGGGUAACAAUGUCUAGCAGUUGACAUGUUUAUCUGUGUCGUGUGUGAAGAUUUUCCCUUCGUAUAAGGAUUGCGCCAGUGUGCGUUCGGCCAAUUUGUGUGCGUGCCGCAAUUGGAUAAGGAUUCGAUGAUGGAUUGCAUUGCACUUACUUGGACCUAUAGGAAGUAAAAUCUGCUGUCAAUGUCGGAAGUUCACAUGAUUGCUGAGGACAAUGCGGUCGCAAGCCUCGAAAGUUGUUGCAAAGAAGGGAGUAUCUAAUAAAACAUCUGUCAAAUCGAAAAACGUCAAAAAGCGAACCAAAAAGAAAGUUGCCUCGCCUAAAAAGGUUAAAGCGCUUCAAAAAUCAUUAAAAAAUCCCAAAAAUAAUAAAAAUGACGACACUGAUAAAAAGGAAGACGGAAAUAAAUCUCAUCAAGACAAUCCCUCCACUUCUAACGAAAGUACUAAAACUGUUACGAAACCAAACACAGUUAAAAAUGAAACCCCCCUUAAGAAAAACAAGAAGGAGACGAAAACUAUAAGCACAAGUAAAAUCCUCACCAAAAACCUACCUUCAAAGAAACCCUCUAAUGCUGCAAAGAAAGUUAUAACCCUUCCAAAGGGAAAACAGCCUUCUAAAGAUGUUCUUGAUAGUGAAUCUAUAAGUAGCCCGGAUGGCAUCAAAAAAGUCUCCAAAAGUCCAAAAGCAAAAGCUAAAAAAGGAAAUGCCAAAUCUGAGGUUUCUGCAGGUAAGGGCAAAUCAUUUUCCGAGAACAUAUCAGUUCCAAAAGAAGAGUUCAGCGAUGAAACCGUAUCAACAGAAUCAGAAAAAUAUAAUGAUAAGAAAUUAGAGAAUAUAUCAGAAAAUCAGGUAUCUCAAUUAGAACACGAAUCUGACACUCAAGAAGGUAACUCGGGUAAAACUGAAGCCGUUAGUCCGAAAUCUACUACAGUUAUGCUUUCCCCGAAGACACCAAAAUCAGAGAUGGACAGGCCGCCUAAAUUUUUUACAUCUGCUAGAUCUCCUAGAACAGUAGAUAUUGAUGUUAAGUGUUCUAAAAAUUCUAAAGGCAAUUUAACGGUAUCCGAACGCUUUUUGCCAUUAAAAUGUGAGACCAAAACUGAAGACAUCAAAGAAAAAACUUCUUCUAGCUCACUCGUAGCUCAAGGCCCAGAAAUAGAUGUGUAUACUUUCACAGAGAAAGUUGACUCACCGAAAAGCAUUUUAUCUGAUUUCAGAAAUUCUGUAAAUAAGACUGUUGGACGUGUUCGACCAAUAGCUCGAGUAAAAGGGACAGUAAUUGAUAAAAAGGGAGAGUCAGAAAGAAAAAAGUAUUCCCCUCACAGACCCAUAGAAGAAGUUGUAAAACAAUUGAAAGCCAGCAAGAAAACUGAAGACACUAGCCAGCCUAUACAAGAAAAAUCUAGCACUUGUGAGCUCAAUAAUCCAACAAAUAUAAAUGAUGAACCUAAACCUAUUGUCAGUAAAUCCUACAAAAUGGUUGCCAGAAAAUCUAGCGUCACUGGAAAACCUUUUAGCCCAACUAAAUUUCUGGACUCUUCAACUAUUAAAACUGAGAAUGAUUCUGCGCCGAAGAAAACACAGAAAGGUAAAAAGCAGCAGAAAAAACAUACAUUAUCAGAUGAAGAAAUUGAUUCAUCAAAGUUUGCGUUUAGCACUAAAACUAAACAUUACAGCUCAUCAGAAGAGAGUGUAAGUGAAUCAAACGACGAUCAAGAUUUUAAGAGUUCUUCCGAAUCCAGUAGUUCUAAGAACAAAAAGCCCAGACAAAAAAAAUAUAAACGCAUUACUGACAGUUUAAAAAAGAAAACAUCUAAAGAGUUAAAAGAACUAUCAAAAGAUUCGCUGAUUGAUUUAAAAGAUACUUCUAACUUAUUGGGAAACGAAAAGCCUACUAAACGGCGACUUAAAUUAUUAUCAAUGUGGUCAGGACCUAAAAAGCAUAGAAUGGCUUCCCUGAAUGCCUUGGCCAAAGUACACUGCUUAUAUGAAAAUGAAAGUCGGAGUCAUGUAGAGUUAGGUUUGAUGAGAACAGUUGAAAGACAGCCAAUACCAGGAACUUCGAAAAUCACAGUUCCCAAAAAGAAAGAAGUGAAAUUAAAAGAUUCUGAUAAACAGGACAGUACAUCUGGAUCAGAGUAUGAAAAUAAGAAAGAGAAAGAAAAGGAUAGUUCUGAUAGUUCUGAUGACAGUCCACCACAAAGAACACUAAGAGGAGUACCAGGUAUAAGAAGUGCUGGUAAAUAUUGGGAUCCUAAGUCAUCUACUUCUUCUAGUGAGGACAGUGAAAUGGAGUCUAAAUCCAAAAACAUUGAACGUAAGAAAACUGCAAUUAAAACUUCUGCACCAAAAUCUGAUACUGAGAAACCUUCGCCAAAAAUGAAAAAGACAGCUGGCGUUCCUAUUAAAAAGAAACGUAACAGAAACGAGGUCGUUAUGGAUUUAAAAGACAUGGUUGUCCAGAAACGUAUGGCCAGCUUAAAUGCCACGGCGAUUUUGGCAGCCAGCUACGAAAAGCGAUCUCCAAAAUCAAGUAAAGAUGAUAGUACUUCUGACUCAUGCAGCGACGAAUCAUUUUCGCAAAAGCCAAAAAACGUAAUUGAUUCCGGCGUGAAGUCGGAAGUAAAAACUGAGGAGCCAAAAAAGGAAAUUGAGGACUGUGUUCUUCCAGAUAUAAAACAGAAAGUCGAGGUUAUCGUCAACCAAGACACUGAUGUUACAAUAACAGGGGUUUAUGCAACACACCAUCAUGAAGGUUUCUGCACCGUUUCGGGCAUGCAAUAUCGCAUAUCCUCUACAAGUCACACGCAGACCACCGCCACUGCUAAUUGUGAAAAGGAAGGAUGUUCUCGGGAAGAUGGUACUCGGUACACGCCAUUGUCAGCCCUUUCCUCAAUGCAGCCGCCGCCAACAGAGCACGCUCAUCAUACGCCACAUCCAGUGCCGGAAAUAGGCGGCCUCUCGCGACGUCCUGGCUGUUCGAGUGCCUUCUCAGCGCCGUCACCAGCUGCACAUCACGAUCCAGGAUACUACCAACCGGCAGGUCCGUUGAUCAAAGAGAGCGGCGCUGAUGCAGAGCGGGCGCUAACUCGGUACCACCCCACUCCUCACUACCACGCGCCACAUCCUCCUGUUCUACAACAGUAUGGUCCGUAUUAUCCGACCGAUCUCUGCUAUGGGCGGUAUUACCGGCCGCCUGGACCGUACCACAUGCCACCCCCACAGCCUGACUCGCCGAUGGUUGGUGUUAGUGAGCCCUAUCCACCGCAGUAUUACAGCUCACCGCCAUGUUACCAACAUUCACCUCAGAGGAUACCAUAUGUUGAGUAUCGAGGAUGCCCGUGCCCACUAAACGCGUGUCCAAAAAACGUCCUUAUUGGGCCCGCUACUGGUAAGGCCCCGACCGGUGGCGGCCCAGACGUACCCUCAACACUCGCGCCGCCCGGGGCCGCCUUCCGACCGAAGGUGCGGGCUGGUGCGCUUGACCCUGCAGACAAACAUAGCAGCGGAAAGGACCCGCCUCUAGAGCCGGAGCCCCCGGGCCCUCCGACAGCAGCAGACGCGCCCCACCCGUGUCCGCUACCGGCCAUGGGUGGGGCUUCGCCCAAAAGAGAGCUCUAUGACGUACGAGACAGCCUACGGAUUAAUGGAGAUUUACCAGGCCCGGAAGCACUUGGCCCACCGUCACCUGCACGAGGAUCUGCCGGCAUAUGCGCUCCACAACCGCCCCCUAUUGCACCUAGAAGAGCUCGACUAGGAAAAGAAAUGGCCAGGCGAUCUCUAGCAGGAGACGACACCACUACACUACUUAUGCCACAGCCUUCAUCUCAACAAGAAAUGGAUGACGACGUUCUCGCCAUAUCGCCGCCUAUAUCGGCACCUAUAGACCUCUCGUCAUCUGACGAAAGAUCCACUCCUCUCGUUGACGUUAAAAAAGAAAACGAAGGCCCCACCUAUGCACCCUGCAGAAAACCGGAUGCACAGGCUCUGAGAGAACACAACUCUACUAUGGCACUAUCGGAAACUGCGGGCACGGAUUCGGCUAAACCGUCUAAAAGAAGGCAUUCGAAAUCCAAACUUGAAAUCGAGAUGAAAGACGUGCAAUUAGAAGAUGUUUGUAAAACAAAUGGAAUAGGAGAGCACGUCAAGUUGCAAAAGCGACGCAAAGUCUCGGGCGAUCAAAGUGAACCUAUUCGAAUAGAGACGGUAACAAAAGAACCAAAAAAGAGAUUAAGUCAACAUAAAAAGACACCUAAAACUCCAACAGAGAAGAAAGGCAAUAAAAGAAAAUCCGAUUCCGUUUGCAGUGAACCAAAAGCUAAGAAAAUGCUUAUGGACCCUGCUUCGACUAAUGACCAAAGACUCCAAAAUGUUGCUGCACCUAAAAAUAAGUCCAUAGAAGAUAAUUUGUGUCCUACACAGAAAACAAAAAGUGCUGAGGUUUUAGAUAAUCUGAUUAAGAAAAAUAGUGUUGAGGGAUACAACUCUGAAAAUGACAUUAAUCCUGCUGCGUUAUUUUUGCCUACUAAUCAAAAUAUAACUCAAAGUACAAAGAAAACUUUAAAUAUAAACAACAAUGUUGUCGAUAACACAACUAUUAGUGGGGUGACUCCGGAAACUAUUGCAGCGGUGAGCCAACUAAUUGAGAAAAAGUUAGCCAAUAAAAACUCUUACAAACUAGAAAAUAUAGAUUCAAAAAUAACGCAUAAUUUGCAAUCAGUAUUAAACAAUAAUGCCUCGACUGACGUUCUUCUAAACUUCAAAGAAGAUAAGAAGAACCGAGUGCUUGCAAACGUUGAAAAAUGUGGAGAUAAAAGUGUUAGUGUAAAAGACAUUUGCGGACUUUCGAAAGUAAAAAGUGAGAGUAUAACAGCCAAUAAAAUUAAAUGUGAAAAUUAUACCAAAACACUGAAAGCGUUAAAAUCGCAAAAGUGUAAAUUCGUUAACCAAAACCCAGAAACUGAACUGGACAAGUUUAUAUGUGAUAGCAGUUGUGAAUCUCAAAGUGUAAAGAAGGAAGGUCUGGAACUAAUAACCGACAUUUCCUUGAUCGACGGCGGAGAAGAUAAAUCGGAUGAAAUUUCGACCUCCAUCGAUAGUGAUCUCAAACGGAAAGCUGUGGAGAAUGUAGUGAAACUAUUAGUGUCGAAGCGUCAAGCCCAAAUAGAGGAAACUGAGAAAGAGGACAUAGACAUAGAUGAGGAAAAGAUAAAACGGUGUAAAUUCGGAAACGGUGAGAAGAAGAGUGUGGAAAAAGUUGCCAAGUUAUUAGUGUCUAAAAAGACUGUUAUUAAAACCGACGAGGCUGCUCUAGUGAUUGAAGAUGCCUGCUCUUCACCCGUGCCGGGGCUGAAGAGACGCGCUAGGCGAAGGCGCAGUGUGGGCCGGAGGGUUAGAAGGGUUGCCCCCCCUCUCGCCCCUCCAGACCUCAAGCCCCGGCCGCCCCCAAGGUGGAGCAAUGGAUGGAAUUGGGACGGAGAAUACUUUUUCUCGAAAGUCUACCUCAAUAAUGACUCGCGCCUAGACCGCACAGCGCGUUGCUGGUCACGUAUGACCCACGCCAGUGGAGACCGCGUGGCGCGGGGUGACUGUGUCUUGCUGCGAGCUUCGCAGGCUCGCGCCCAACCCUUUGUCGCCAGAGUCGCUAGUCUGUGGGAAAACCCUGACGAUGGAGAAAUGAUGGUUUCCCUCGUAUGGUACUAUCGACCCGAACACACAGACCGCGGCCGAUUGCCCGCUGACGCCCCGGACGAAGUGUUCGCCUCCCGACACAGGGACGCUAACUCCGUCGCCUGCAUUGAAGACAAAUGCUACGUACUCACCUUUAACGAGUACUGCCGCUAUAGAAAACGGCUAAAAGCGGCUGAGGAAGGUAUAAGAAUCAUCCCCUCCAUCGUGCCGCCCUUCCCCGCCAGUGAGGUGACGCCUGCCAUUGCCCCCACGGACACCAAACUCCCUCCUUCCGUGUCCCCCGAGCUGGUGCUCUUCUGUCGGAAGGUAUACGAUUUCAGAACCAAGAAAAUACACGUCCCUAAUAAAUGAAACCUUGCAUCCGAGCAACUGGAUUCAAAUUGAAGGCAAGGCCGAGUCCGAGCCCGGACGUGUCCGAUCCCAACAUUAUCAGUACAAACUUUUCUUUAGUAGCGUGUGUGUGGUACGUUGCUUUUAAUGUCGUAGAGGUUGAUUUAUUGAUUUAAUUUGCUAAUCCUUAUUCGAUAAUAAUGUUGAUAAAUGAUGCCUUUUAUAAAAAAGUAAGUAGACUUAAGUGAAGGAUGCAUAAUUAUUGUGAAUAGAACCUUUCGCUUGUGACAUGACUGUGCCCGAUUUCUUACUUCCGUAGACUAAAUGUAUGUGUGGAAUAAUUAAGUACAUUAAAGCAUUUACGUUACUUUCGUCACUUUCUAAGAGUUAAUUUUACGUAUACGCGUUUUUUCCGGCACGGAAUUUUCCGUUUUCAAAUAACAACUUUUGGAAUCGGAGAUGUGCUCGGAGUUCUGAAGCGAUUCAUUUGGUUGUACUUACGCUCGAAACUUGUGUCAAAAAUCUGGAUGUUCGCACAAAAUUGUUAAUGUAAUGUUUAGGUAUAACAUAGACCCUUAUGCGAAAUCCUUUAGCGAUUGACCCCAAAAUACCUCAGCUUUAUUCCAUUAUCAGUUUAGAUCGCUUAAAAUCUGUAUGUCAUGUAGUUACUAGAUAUAAGAAAGACCCAGUAAACAUCACAUAUAACAUCGCAUGCGAAUUUAACAUCUCAUAUCUGAUAUUUGGGCCGAUUUGGAAGCGCACGCGCCACAAAAUGACUUUGUAUCGAUGAAAGAACUAUGUAUAUCAGGAAAACAUAAAAAGCAAUAUGAUCCCUACACCUCUUUAUUGGAAUAAUAUAAAUAUUAUGUACAUAGAAAAAUUCCAUAAAAAUUAACAAAUUGUACAAACUGCGUGCACGACCAAAUUUGGAACUUAUUGGAACGAAUUUGGCCAUUUAUUUUUUUGUAAUCUGGUUAAAAUCUUACAAAUAAUAGAAACCUUUGAGUUUUUGGGUUUGUUUUAAUGUUACACGUAUUUAAAAAAUAUGAUCUAUUAUGAAUACAAUCAAAUUCAAUCACUUUUAUGCGAAUAAAUAUACCGUUUAUCAUCCGGUAACGGGACUAGAAUGAGAUGCCGCCAUGACAGUUUUGUGAAUUGAUGAGUAUGAAUCACAUUGCAAUAUCAAUUUCAUUGUCGUGGUUAGAGUUUCGGGUCAAAGAUAUUUGUGGUAUAUUCAUUCGUGUCUUUUAUAUUUAUUUUAUUAAUAGCGGGGCAAAAUAAUUUGAAAUCCUCAAUUUUGUGCUUUCGAGGAUUAUUUUAACUUAAUCAAGACUGAUUUUGCAAAUGGUCAUUUUAGACGAUUUUAUCAGUUCAUCACAUCAAUUGACAAAUCAGUGAUUAAUUGUAAAAAAAAAAACAAAUGGGAACAUUGUAACAUAUUUUAAUAAUUAGAGAUAGUUUAAUCACGUGUUGAGUGGAGAGACGUACGAUCUCUUAGAGGUACCGACCCCAAACCGAAAACAAAUUGAGACUUGCCGCGUUUGGGAAAAAUACUUUUGGGUGCGUUCAGACCGCGGUUCAAUCAAAUUAUACUUUCCCU